AUGUUGAUAUUAUUUAUAAUAUUAUGUAAAAUAUUUAUUUUAAUAAAUAUUUCAUACAUUAAAUGUCAAAGUGUUAAAAAUGUUAUUAAUGGAUUUCCUGAAAGAUGGGAUGGUGAUAAAUUUAAUAAACUUUAUUGUCCCUCUAAAAAUAUUCCAAAAUUUAUUGAUGGUUAUUUUCUUUGUCAAUUAUCUGCAUCUUAUGGUAACCCAAAAUCACCUCCUGGGCAAAAAUUGACACAUAUGAUUGAUGCUAUUGGAGCUGUUGGAUCAUUUCAAAUAAAAAAUGGUCAAGUAGAAUUUUUAGCAAGAUAUUAUCCUUCAAAACCAUAUAAAAUAUGGGAAUAUUAUGAUAGAAAUAUGACAAAAUCAUCUGUACCAUGGGCUGGUUGGUCUGAUUAUAAUGUUACAGCAAUGACAAAAUGGGAUCAAAUACCAAAUAAUAUUGAUUCAACAAAAUUUCAUCCUAAUCUUGAUUUUUGGAAAAUUGGUAAUAAAAUAAUUGCUGGUACUGAAGCACCCUAUUGGGUUGGUUAUGAAUUUGAUGUAUCGAAAUUAACAGAUUUUAAACAACAUCCAUUUAUUGAGGACAAUGACAUUUUUAAUAAUAUAAAUUCAAAAAUGAUUUCUAUUUCAAUGUCUAUUCAUGAAAGAGUUGAUGAAAAUGGAAUAUUAUGGGGAACAUUAAUAGCAAUGGAUUUUUAUAAACAAAUAUUUUAUCAAGUUAUUUUUACAAUUGAUUCAGAAAAAAAAAGAAAGGUUAUAUCAAUGUAUAAUUUUGGUGAAUGGGAUAUUAAUGGUUGUGGAAAUAAUGAUGAAUAUAUUGGUGAUAAAGGUAAUCUUCCUGGAUAUAUUCAUUCAAUUACAUCAACAAAAAAUUAUAUUAUUUUACCAAUAACAUCUUUACUUAUUAAUCCAUGUAAAUUUAAAGAACCAUUAAAUGAAAUUAAUUCAGAUGGAAUUAGGCGUGGUGGAUUAUGGGGAAUGGAUUUUUAUAAUAUGGCACCAGUAAGAUUUUUAGUAUUUAAUAAAAAAACAUCAGAAUGGAUAACAAAAAAAGCUUUAGAAGUAUUUCCAUCUAUGUUUAUAUCACAUCAAUUAAAUGCUUAUGAAAAUAAAGAUGGACAAAUAGUUUGUGAUAUGAUUGUUUAUGAUAAUCAUGAUCCAUAUGUUAAAUAUUUUUAUUCAACAUUUUUAACUAAACAUUUAUAUCCAAGUACAGCUAGAUUAUUAAGAUUUAUUCUUGAUAUUAAUAAAUUUAAGGUAAUGUAUAACUAUUUAUUACCACAAGAAACAAUAUCUGCUGAUUUUCCUCAAAUCAAUCAUGAUUAUGAAACAAAAAUAUAUGAGUGGACUUAUCUUGUUGAAUAUCCUUUUGCAUCAGACAAUUCUAUUCUUAAGAUUAAUGUACAAGAUCCAACAGGAAGUCAAAAUACAAGAUAUAGAGCAGAUCACUCAAUGUCAUUACAUGAACCAUACUUUAUUUCUUCACCUGGUGCAGUAAAAGAAGAUGAUGGUGUAUUAUUAGUAAGAGCACUUGACUUAUUAAAAAAUAAAGCAUCUUUAAUAUUUAUUAAUGCCACUACAAUGAAUGAAAUUGGAAGGUCAUAUGUUAGUAUUAAUAUUCCUUUCGGUUUUCAUAACAGAUUUUUUUCAAGAGAAUCAUUAGGUAUGAAAUCAACUUCUCCUAUGUCUGAACAAACUUCAAAAAGUUAUAAUAAAUCAAUACAAACAACAAUUAUAAACAAUAUUUUAGAAAAUGAGAAAAAAAUAAAAAAUGAUAUAAAUAUGACAAGUAAAUUAGAAAAUAUAAUUAAAAAUACAACGACUUCUACAAUAAGUACAAUAAUAAAUGUUGAUGAGCAAAACACAUCUACAAACAGUACUAUAAAAGUUAGUAAUAAUGAAAAAGAUAAAUUAAAUCAUAAUAAUAAUAUUACAAUUUUUGAUAAAAAUACAACAAAUAUAGGUAAUACAAAAUUAAAUUAUAAUAAAACAUCUGGAGAAUCAAAUUCAAUACAAUUAUUAAGAGAAAGAUUAUUAAAAUUUCAUAAACAAGCAGGACAUAUAAGAUAUACAGGUAGAAGAUUUACCAGAACAACACAAUUACCCCCAACAACAUCUCAUGAUGAUGGUAAUAAUGAAUUUAAAUUAGAAACACCUAUAACUAAAGCUUAUCUUUUUACACCAAAAAUUUCAACAACAACAUUAUCUACAAAAUCUUCUAAAAUAACAACAGUAUCAGAUGGUAUUAAAAAUAAAUUUUUAACAACUGAAAAAAUAAAAGAAGAAAGAAUUAUAGAUGAGGAAUUUAAUCUUGAAACAACAACAAAAGAUACUAAUUUAUUGAUAGCUGAUAAAGAUAAAGUAACAAAACAAUUUUAUGAUGAAACAUUAAAAGCAAUAUGUUCAUGGAUACCAAAAGUUUUUAAAACAAUAACAAUGGAACGUUGUUUAGAAUCUGGAAAAAAUGCAAUAAAAUGGAUGACACCUCCAACAAAAGAUGACAAGUAUUCCAAUCAAUUCAUAAAUUUAAAUAACAAUAAAACAUUUGAUAACAAUCCAUUAGUUGCGGAAAUUGUUAAACGUAUUCGAGCAGCACAUAUAACAAAGUUAUUAAAAGAAUCACAUAUUAAAAAGUUAAAUGAAUAA